AUGGCAUGUCCGCCAGAUAGUGAUAACGUGUUCGGUCCCCGCAUCAGCCCUGAUUGUCGUCCAUUCGAUUUUACUCUCCUGUUUGAGGAUGGCUUCUUUGGCUUGCUUCCUGCAGCCCUCUUCUUGGUCCUGGUUCCCCAGCGACUGCAUUUUCUUCGCGCUGCCCAGGUCAAACUGGGCUCAUUCCGACUGGCAAUCGUGAAAUUGGCUCUAUUGGCUGUGUUAUUGGUUUUGCAAGUGCUAUACACAGCUCUGCGGGUGGAAGACUCCGACCUUCGUACCAGCGUAGGACUGGCCUCCGGGAUCGUUAAUAUCAUCGCUACAGGUGCAGCAAUGGUGUUAUCCUUCCUAGAGGACCAGCGCUCAGUAAAGCCAUCUGAUCUUCUGGUAAUCUACUACUCUGCAGAAACGCUUCUGGUACUGCCGCAACUUCGUACGCUGUGGGAGAUUCCUACAGCCAGCCAGGCUUGUCGGGCAUUGUGGAUUGCAAUAUUUAUCUUCACCCUCGGAGUACUCAUCGCAGAAUCAGUGCACAAGUUUCGAUUUCUGCGGCCACUCUAUCGGAAAUCUACUGGGGAAGGAGUCUUCGGAUUUUGGGGCCAGAGCUUCUUUAUUUGGGUGCUACCGGUUCUUCAGACCGGUUACUCGAAGGCGCUGGAUAUCAGAGACAUUCCGGAGUUGGAUGCUGAUCAACAGGCACAAUUCACAGAGGCAGAAGUAGAGACGGCUUGGGAGACCAGAUCGGGAAGGUAUCGAAUGCUUCGGUCUACAUUCUAUGCCUACCGGUGGACCUUUUUCUCGGGAAUCGUACCACGCCUCUGCCUUGGUGCUCUUAGCUUUUGUCAGCCGUUUCUUAUCACCGCAACAGUUGACUAUAUCGAAGGUACUAAGAAGUCAGAUAGCAAAAGGCGCGGCCAAGCGAUCGUGGGUGCGUAUGUGCUAGUUUAUCUGGGAUGGGCUAUCUCCACUGCAGUGUAUUGGCGCCAAACAAACCGGUUUAAUACACAGGUCCGCUCCGGUUUGAUUUCCAUGAUAUAUGCUCAGACCUCCCGUCUCAAGGCCAGUGACAUCAACGAUUCCGCAGCCAUCACCCUCAUGGGUACAGAUGUAGAAAGAGUUGUCCAAAGCCAGAAGACCAUCCACGAAACAUGGGCAUCGAUUCUGGAAGUUGGGGUCGCAAUCUGGCUACUAGAGAGACAGCUUCUAGUUGCCUGUGUGGUCCCUGCCGUCAUUGCAAUAGGUUCGGUGAUAGCGAUAGGACCAAUUUCCAAUCGAUCCGGCCAGGCUCAAAAGGAAUGGAUUCAGCGCGUUCAAACCAGAGUAACUGCGUCAUCUAACAUGCUACGCGACAUCAAAUCAGUCAAGAUACUCGGUCUGUCCCGUAUUUUGUUCAAGACAGUUUCUGAGAUGCGAAGGAUCGAACUGAAAAGUUCCGAGCGCUUCCGAAAACUACUCAUCUGGGAAAUUGUAAUUUCGAAUGUGCCCACCGAUUUCACCCCCUUUGCAACCUUCGCCAUUUAUACAAUAAUCGCGGUCACCAAGCACAAUAAGACACUACUUUCAAGCCAAGCUUUCACAUCACUCUCGCUCAUAUCCCUUGUGACCAAUCCACUCCUCACUUUCAUCCAGGCUGUGCCAUCCGUACAACAGGCGAUGUCAUGCUACCAGCGCAUCGAAGAAUAUUGUCUGAAAGCUCCUGUCUCCUCUUCCAGGGACUCCGUCUCGCCCAUACAUUCAACUGCACCUGAGGAUAGAGUAAUGGAGCUGAAAGCCUUUCCACCGAGACCAGCAUCUGGCAGUUCUCCUAUCUCCUUCGAAAAAGCCACCAUUGCAUGGUCUAAGGAUGGCGAAAGCCAACUUCAUGAUAUCAACAUUGCAGUCAAAUCCGGUAUUACCGUGCUUGUUGGCCCUGUGGGCUCUGGGAAAUCCACCUUGCUCUCUAGUGUGCUCAGAGAAACGGUGACGAAAUCUGGUCACAUACGGGUGGUAAACUCUCGAUUGGCCUACUGUCCACAAGUUCCCUGGAUAUUCAAUGAAACUGUUCGUCAGAAUAUCAUUGUCGGGUCUGUAUUCGAUUCGAAAUGGUAUGAAUUUGCUAUAUGGGCAUGUGGUCUGAAAGAAGACUUAGCCACCAUGCCUGGUGGGGAUCUGUACCGUGCGGGCACCGACGGUCUUUCUCUCAGUGGGGGCCAAAAGCAGCGAAUUGCAUUAUGUCGCGCCAUUUAUUCGCGGCAAAAGCUCGUAAUACUGGACGACGUAUUCAGUGGACUUGACUCGACCAACAUCAGUACUAUUGCUACCCGUCUAUUCGGCCCGAAUGGAUACUUUCGUACAUCCGGAUCGACAGUCCUUCUAGCUACUCAUACACAACAUCUCCUUCAGUAUGCGGAUCAGAUUGUUGUCCUCGAGGGUGGCAAAGUUGUGGUUAAGGGAACAUAUGAUCAAGUGAUAUCACUCCGCAAACCCGAGGUGGCCACUAGGUCUCUGGUGAGCACCGAGGAGAUCGCUGAGGAAUCGACUUCCGAGGUUCAAGAUUCCAAUGGCCCAGACAAGGCCGACACCAAGUCUUCUGACCCGGACUUGACGAACCCACUGCGGCGAGAUGGUACUUGGUCCGUAUACAAACACUAUUACCAGUCCGCUGGAUUUAUAGCAUUCACAGUCUGCAUAGCUUUCAUGAUUGUGGAAGCAGUCAGCGGUAACUUUACAACCCUGUGGAUUCAGUGGUGGGUAGAGGCAAACGAAAAGAGGCCCAACCAAGAUGUUGGCAUGUAUAUUGGCAUUUACGCUUUGCUUUUCGUUAUACAAUUCUUGGGGACCGCUGGUGGCCUGUGGCUUUUCAUCAUAACCGUCAUCAACAAUACGGCAAUGAACCUCCAUACAGACCUUCUAUCUGCUACUUUGAGUGCACCAUUCAGUUAUUUCCAAGCCACCGAAAUCGGGACCUUGACAAAUAGGUUCAGUCAAGAUAUGGAGUUGAUUGACAUGACACUCCCUUUAGUUGCAUCAAUGUUCUUGGCAGGGCUUGCAGCCGGCAUAGUCAAGCUGGUCAUUCUUUGCGUUGUCAGCAAAUACCUGGCAGCAGUCAUCCCAGCACUUCUGAUCAGUCUAGUCGUCCUGCAGAGAUACUAUCUGCGUACUUCCCGACAGGUCCGGCUGCUGGACCUCGAAGCCAAAGCUCCCCUCUACACCCACUUCACGGAAGCGGUCCAAGGAGCCACCAGCAUCCGCGCUUUUGGGGCGGAGGCAUGGUUCCAUGAAAAGAUGCAUCGGCUGCUCAACCACUCGCAAAGACCAUUUUAUAUGCUAUUCUGCAUCCAACAAUGGCUCACGCUAGUGAUGAGCUUGAUUGUGACGGCUUUGGCGGUGAUUAUUGUGGCGAUGACUACCUCAUUGGCCGACCGGUACAAUGCAGCGUCUGUCGGAGUGGCUUUGACGUUGAUCCUGACCUUUAACACCACUCUUUCCAGCACGCUCCGAAUGUGGACUAGUCUGGAAACGAGUAUCGGGGCGGUGUCACGUGUACAACAGUUUGUUCGAGACACCCCGCGCGAGACAAACAAUGGCCUGCUCGACUCCGUGGCUUCUCCAAGCUUGGAUCCAUCGGACUGCACCAUCAGGUUCGAGGCCAUUACAGCGGGAUACGGUGAAUCCACUCCAGCCAUUUUAAAAAACCUCUCCCUCACAAUAUGUCCUGGCGAAAAAGUCGCCAUCUGUGGCGCGUCUGGGAGUGGGAAAAGCUCCUUGAUCAUGUCUCUUCUCCGCAUGAGUGAACUCUACUCGGGCACCAUCUCGAUCGGAGGCUACGAUAUCUUCACGCUUGAACGACAAGACAUUUAUUCCCUCAUCGGGGUGAUCCCACAAGAGCCAUUUUUGAUGCCAGGCACCGUUCGAUUCAAUUUGGAUCCCUUCCAGAGGGCAUCCGAUGAACACAUUGGGUCUGUGCUCCAAAAGGUGGGUCUCUGGGAACGCAUCGAGCCAAAUGGGGGGCUGGAUAUGGACCUGGUUAAUGUAUCGACCUGGUCGGUGGGCGAGAGGCAGUUGCUCGCCUUGGCCCGGGCCCUUGCCGUCCCACGACCUGUUCUCAUCCUUGACGAGGCCACGAGUAGUGUCGACCGGGACACCGAAGCGGCCAUGCAAGAUAUUAUCGAGCAAGACUUUGCCCAACAGACCGUGGUGGCGGUUGUUCACCGCCUCUCCUACAUUGAUCGAUUUGAUCGCGUGGCAUUUCUCAAGAAUGGAGAGCUAGUGGAAUGCGAUACGCCCCGGGCCUUACUCGGUCGGGAUAGCGAAUUCCGGCAAUUAUAUCAGGCCUUGGAAGGGCCCUGA